UUUUUGUAUUCGAACGAAAGGAAGGAUGCAGUCGCAGCCGAUGCACUCCCAGCAAGACAAUGACCCGGACGCGUUCUCGUAUGCGUUCGUGGAACAGGAUGAAGAAGACGACUACCUGAAGGGAGGUGAUGGGAAUGUCGACAUGGACCACAUCCACAUGCAACAGAUGCAGCUGCAGAUGGAUCAGUUGAGCAGCACGCUCAUGGGCAACUUGGACCUCGAGGACGACUUUGAAGGCGGACACGGCAUGGACAACGUUCCCGUGCAACUUCCCUCGCAUGCGUGUGCGUACUGUGGCCUGCACGACCCCGCUAGCGUCGUCAAAUGUGUGUCGACGGACAAGUGGUUUUGCAACUCGCGCGGCAACACGAGCGGGAGUCACAUCGUGCAGCAUUUGGUGCGUUCGAAGAACAAGGAAGUAAGCUUGCACCCGGACUCCCCUCUUGGGGAAACCAUCCUCGAGUGCUACAACUGCGGCUGCCGCAAUGCGUUCCUCUUGGGCUUUAUCCCUGCGAAACAAGACUCCGUCGUCGUGUUGCUGUGUCGUGACCCGUGUCUGCAAAUGAACGCGCUCAAAGACAUGAGUUGGGACAUGACCCAGUGGUUGCCUCUCAUCGACGACCGCAGCUUCCUCCCAUGGCUCGUCAAGGUGCCCACGGAACACGAACAGUUGCGCACGCGGCAGAUCACGUCGUCCCAGAUCGCCAAGCUCGAAGAAGUAUGGCGAGACCAUCCACAAGCAACACUCGAAGAUUUAGACCGACCAGGCGUCGACGACGAGCCCAACUCGGUGCAGGAGCACUACGACGACGGGUACCAGUAUCAAAACAUCUUUGGGCCGCUCGUCAAGAUGGAGUCGGACCACGACAAGAAGAUGAAGGAGUCGCAGACCCAGGACAAUGUGUUUGUGCGGUGGGAUAUUGGUCUAAAUAAGAAGAAGAACGCGAUCUUUACGAGUAACCGCCCGGACGCCGACUUCCGCCUCGUACCCGGCGACGAGAUCCGGCUCCGGCUCGGCGGCGGAUCGGCCAUGGUGUACGGCAAGGAUUGGGAGGGCACGGGCCACGUGCUCCGCCUCGACGAGUCGGAAGUGACGCUUGAAAUGCGCAACUCCCAUGUUCCCGUGGAGAUCACGGACGGGUACUGCGUCGACUUUGUGUGGAAAGCCACGUCGUUUGACCGGAUGCAGAGCGCCAUGAAAACAUUUGCCGUCGACGACACGUCGCUCACGGGGUACUUGUACCACAAGUUACUCGGCCACGAAGUCGAAAUGCAAACGUUUCGCACCAAAGGCCACGCGGCGACGGGGCUGUCGGUGCCGGGGCUGCCGGAGCUGAAUCCGUCGCAGCUGCUCGCGGUCAAGGGGGUGCUCCAGCAGCCGCUCAGUUUGAUCCAAGGGCCCCCUGGGACUGGCAAGACGGUGACGUCGGCGUCGAUCGUGUACCAUCUGGUCAAGCAAAACAACGGCCAAGUGCUGGUGACAGCCCCGAGUAACAUUGCCGUGGAUCACUUGACGGAGAAAAUCGCGUCGACGGGGCUCAAGGUCGUGCGGCUCGCCGCCAAGAGCCGCGAGGCUGUCACGUCCAUCGUGGAGCAUCUGACGCUGCACACGAUGAUCAAGUCGCUCGUGUCACCAGACAAGGCGGACCUGCGCAAGUUGAUGCAGCUCAAGGAAGAUCAGGGAGAACUGUCGUCGCAGGAUGAAAAGCGGUUCAAAUCCCUCAAACGCAACGCCGAACGCGAGAUCUUGCAGGCCGCGGACGUGAUUUGCACCACUUGUGUCGGUGCUGGCGACCCGCGGCUGUCCAACUUUCGCUUUCGCCAAGUGCUCAUCGACGAAGCCACCCAGGCCACCGAGCCAGAGUGUUUGAUCCCGAUCGUGCAAGGCGCCAAGCAUGUGGUCAUGGUGGGCGAUCACAUGCAGCUCGGGCCUGUCGUGAUGAACAAAAAGGCGGCCAAAGCGGGUCUGAACCAGUCGUUGUUUGAUCGGCUCAUUCGGCUGCAGCAUCGUCCGUUCCGCCUUCGCGUACAGUAUCGCAUGCACCCCUGUUUGUCCGAGUUUCCUUCCAAUAUGUUUUACGAAGGGGAGCUGCAAAAUGGCGUGAGCACGAGCGACCGCAUUUUGAAACACGUGGCGUUUCCGUGGCCGAAUCCGCAAAAGCCGACUUUUUUCUACAUUUGCUUGGGCACGGAAGAGAUUAGUUCGUCAGGAACGUCCUACUUGAACCGUACGGAAGCAAGCAACUGCGAAAAAGUAGUCACACAUUUCCUCAAGGCCGGCGUGUUGCCGUCUCAAAUUGGUGUGAUCACGCCGUACGAAGGGCAGCGGGCGUACAUUGUCAACUUUAUGCAGCGCAACGGGCCGAUGCGGUCGCAGCUGUACAAGGACGUGGAGGUGGCGUCGGUGGAUUCGUUCCAGGGACGAGAAAAGGACUUGAUCAUCCUCAGCUGCGUCCGAAGCAACGAGCACCAGGGCAUUGGGUUCCUAAGCGACCAGCGGCGCCUCAAUGUAGCGCUCACGCGAGCCAAGUACGGCGUCAUCCUGCUCGGCAACCCGCGCGUGCUGGCCAAGCAGGAGCUCUGGAACGACCUGCUCAACCACUACCGCGACCAGUCGCUUGUGGUCGAAGGGUCCCUUAACAACCUGCAGCCGAGCUUUAUGCACUUUCCACGCGUGGACAAGCGGACGGACCGCGGCGGUGGCGGCAGUCGCUCGCGCCAUCAGGACUUCCAGCCGCCGCGAAGCCAAACGUUUGGACGACAGGAUCCGCUCCCGCCGUUGGAUUCGCGCUUUGAUCCGCGCUACGACGGCGGAUUGUUUCCGCCAUCGUCGUCGAUUGGCAAGAUGCCGCCGCCGCGAGGGGGGCCAGGGGCCUAUCAGCCCAACGUUGCGAUGGGGCCGUUGACCCAACUGGAGGAGGCAAACCACCACCAUGCUUUGCAUCUUGGUGGGCUGGACAUCGGCGCGGACGGACCGUUCACGCAGGCGGCGGCAGCCACGCAAUCGUUUUCGCAGUUUUCCAUGGGCGUGGGGCCGGCGGGGGGGAUGUCGCAAGAUCCAUUCCAAUACGACUACAAGUCGCAAACGAUGUCACAGGAUAUUUCUUCGGCCAAGUCGACGACGCUGACCGGUGGGUUUUACUGAGCAGCGGCCCACCAACGAACUAGCCACUGGGGGGAGGUCGGGGAAGGGGGGUCGAAGGAAGCGACCGGUCGGUCAGUUGAGCGAGGUACCCGGCGCGGCAGACACGGGUGGUGUGUGUCGUGAACAUUUUGGCCUUCCCUUUCGCGUACGACGACCGAUAACGGGACCCGGAGGUCGGCUAACUUUGUAAUCAUGCAUUCAACAACAAUGGGCUUUUACGCUGUUCAAGAGCGUCAUGCACGAAUAAUCAUUACGUUAGCGGUUUUAUGACCAAUCAUUGGAUUUGUGUGAAAUUUGAACCAAUCAAAAGAGUAGAAUCUGG